AUGCAGUUCUCCAUCCUCUCCGCCGGCCUCGUCCUCCUGGCCCCUCUGGCCUCGGCCGCCUCCGACCUAGGGCCCACGCAGGCCGCAAAGGAGUCGCCCAAGCUCGGGGUCCCGACCUCGCAGGGCUGCUUCAAGUCCUCCAAGGGCCUCAAGGACGCCAACAUCAAGGAGACCCAGGCCUCGUCGGGCAUGUGCCGCGAGGCGUGCCAGGCGCUGAGCAAGCCCGUCUUCGCCCUCAGCGAGGGCACGACGUGCUACUGCGGCGACUCGUACCCCCCCAAGGCGGACCUGACGGACGACUCGGCGUGCGACACUGCCUGCCUGGCCUACCCGCUCGAGGCGUGCGGGAACCUUGACGGGACGGCCUUCUCGGUCUGGAACACGGGUGACAAGAUCAGCGUGCCGUUCAAUGACGGCGGCGACGACGACGAUUCUUCUUCGACGGCCUCGGGAUCCAAGACGGCAACUUCGACUUCGGGUUCGGGCUCCAAGACUGCCGUUAGCACGAGCGUCAUCACCGGCGCUGUCGAGUCUGCGACUGGGCUGGCCACGGCUGCGAGUGAGGGGACGGAGACGCCCUCGUCGACGGAGAGCGCUGCCGUUGCGACUUCUUCCAUCCCCAGCUCUGGGUCCAAGUCGCUGAUGGGUGCGGGUGUGGCCAUCUUGGUUGCUGCUCUUGCUGUCUAA